AUGAUUAAUGCGAUCUUCAUAUAUUCUACUCGUGGAGAACUAAUAGUGUCUAAACUGUUCAAUAAUUCCUUGAAGAGGUCUAUAAGUGAUAUCUUUAGAAUCCAGGUGAUUAACAAUCUAGAUGUAAGGUCUCCGAUCUUGACCCUAGGCUCUACAACAUUCCAUCACAUUAGAUCAAACGGUAGCGACAGUCUUUGGAUAGUGACAGUAAGCAGAACUAAUGCUAAUAGUGGAGCCAUUUGGGAAUUUCUUUACAAAUUUAAUGCAAUUUUAGAUGCCUAUGAUCUAACCAAGGAGGAGAAGUUGAAAGAAGACUUUAUGAUAUGUUAUGAAAUUUUGGACGUUGUAAUAGGAGCCGGUGGUAUACCGAUGGAUACGGAAUUAGGAUCUAUUGCCUCUAAAAUCUCAGUUAAACCACCUAAGAGUGGGGGUACUUCAAGCGAACCAAAAUCAUCGACUGUAGCUAAUUUCCCAGGUUCCAAUUUGAGUACUUCAAAUUUGUCUAUGCCCAAAUUUUUGACACGAAAUAAUAGAUCAAUGUCCCAAGAUUUGGGUACCAAUUAUCCAUCCAAUUUUCCCUGGAGACCUAACGGUAUCAAAUACAAAAAGAAUGAAGUGUUUCUCUACGUCAAUGAAAAGAUCAAUAUCUUGGUUUCCAGAGACGGAUCUAUCUUAAAGGCGUAUGUGGAUGGUACAAUUGACAUGACUACACACUUGAGUGGGACCCCCAUCUGUCAAUUCGGACUUAAUGAUUCACCAAGUGUAGAAUUUGGCGAUUCACUUUGGUUAGAUACACAAGAAUUUCACAAUAAGAAAGCUGUACCCAAAGCGGCCGCUGGUAGUGUUAUGCUGGAAGAUUGCAAGUUUCAUCAAUGCGUUUCACUCGAUAAAUUCAAUAAGGAAAGAAUCAUUAAGUUUGUCCCCCCAGAUGGAAACAUGGAGCUUAUGAAAUACUGCGUUCGUGAUAAUUUGAAUUUACCAUUUAAGAUCACACCCGUUGUUACCCCAUGUGGAUCGACCGUGGAAUACAGGAUCACACUGAAAUCUUUGUUCCCCAACAAAUUAUCAGCUAAGGAUGUUGCACUUCAUAUACCAGUACCACCAGGUACUGUAGAUUGUAAGAUUAAUAUAUCCAAUGGUAAAUGCAAAUUCGAAUCGGAAGAGAAUGCUAUGGUCUGGAGGUUUAACAAGUACCAUGGACUCACAGAAAAUACGCUCAGCGCAGUUACAGUGCCUACAAGUGAUACUACUCAAUUGACACUGCAACAGUGGCCAAGGCCACCAAUGUCCUUAGGUUUUGAAAUCAUGAUGUUCAGUAAUUCAGGAUUAGUUGUGCGUUAUUUCAGGGUAUCGGAUAAGGACGAGAAGUACCGUGUGGUUAAAUGGAUUAAAUACAUCUCGAAGUCAGGAUCAUAUGAAGUGAGAUACUGA